AGUAACUUGCUACGUGUAUACUUGCUCGUAGAGUUUCUCGAUUCAACUGCACUUUUUGCUCUUAAAAUAGGAUACACGUAUUCGUGCCUUGAUAGAAAAAAAAAGAGUAAAAAGCUAAAAAGUGCAGAGAACGUGAGUAAAUAUAUACAAAUCUCAUGUCUGCUCGCGUGAACGGCGUGUAGGCAUUCUCUGCGUUUCGAGAAGAUUGCGCAAAGAGGUUAACCUAGACGCAACAGCGAUGUUGGCACGCCGGUGUUUCUGCAAAAGACUGUGGCAAGCUCCGUGUAAUUAUGCAUCCGUUCGACUCACACAGAGCAUGAGUCAGGAGGUCAAUCUAGAGACGAUUAACCUCGACAUGCGGCUGCCGGUAGCUUCGAAGAAAGGCCCGCAACGGGAACCGUUCAUGAAGAAUAUAUUUCUUGGCCCGUUCGACAAGGAGAUCUUGUAUUUUCCCGAGCCCCAAAGCAAGGACAGGCAUACACGGUUCUACGAAUGGCUGCAAUCCAUUGAGAGGUACGUGUCGGACAACCUGAAGGAUCCGCAGAAUGUCAACAAGAAUGAAGUUCUCUCUCAUCUGAGGGACCUGGGCGUCUUCCGGUCGAACGUGGAGGAGCAACAUCUGGGUCUGCGACUGAAUCAUAGUGAACAGGCUAAGGUGGUGGAAGUGCUGAGCGCUCUUCCCUGGUUGGGCUCCUAUAUGGUCAACAAUCACAUUGCACCUCUCAACGUUAUGUACAACAUGGCCACAGCCGACCAGAAGGCCAAGUACCUGCCAAAGAUAGCGACCGGGGAAUGUGUGCCUACGGUAUGCUUCACCGAACCGGACGGUGCAAUCAAUACGGACAACAUCAACACCAUGGCAAUGCUGUCAGAGUGCAGCGAGUACUGGGUACUGAACGGCGAGAAGGCCCUCGUGGCCAACGGGCAAGAUUCAAACUUGUUUAUAGUCUUCGGCCAGUGCAAUCAUCAUCCUUUCGUCAAUCCGAAGCACAGUACUUUCUCCGUGUUCCUGGUGGAGCGAAACUUCAGUGGGAUCACAUGUGAGAGUGUCAACAGCUUGGUCGGUCGCCGGCCGCACAAUCACAUAUCCACGAUUACUUUCAAGGACACGAAGGUGCCCAAGGAGAAUGUUAUGGAGAACGCGACAUCCGUAAUGAAGGUUCUGGUGGACUUCCUCGCUCCUGGAAACAGGCACAUCGCGCCGCAGGCGAUCGGCACGCUGAGGAACUUCACGAAGCUGCUGCUGAAGUACAUAUUGCAGAGGAAGCACCUGAACAGGGAUCUACACGAGUACGAAGGCAUCCAAGAGGUGAUAGGUAAAACGGCGAGCACGUUGUACGGCAUGGAGAGUGCGCUGUAUAUGACCACUGGUAUGAUGGACUUGCACGAGAAUCAGGAUUGCGCGCUCGAGAAUGCCAUGGUGGAGACGUACUGCGCGAGCGAGUGCGUCGCGCGUAUUUACGAGGGUCUGCAGAUUAUUGGGGCGCACAGUUACCUCAGAGAGAACCCGUACAUGGAGAUCCUCGAGGACGCAUUGUCCUAUACACUGUUCGACAGUUACAAUCUCGAGUCGAACACGUAUAUAGGUCUGCUGGGUCUGCAGCACUCCGGCAAGUACCUGCGCGAGCACAUAUUUAAACUACGAAAUCCCAUGUAUCAUCCUGAUCAUAUUCUAAGAUGGCUCUUUGGUAAGGAUGAACAAUUGAAGCUAGAUCUCGGCGAUCACAUGCAUCCGUCCUUGUCGAUGGGGUCCGAAUUGCUGGAGAAGUGCCUGGCGAGGUUGCAAACCUGCACGUGGGUCUUGUUGAAGGAGCAUGGCAAGGAAGUGACCAAUCGACAAAUGGACGUGCGCAGAUUGAGCGAACUGGCAACGAGAACGUUCGUGCUGAUAGCUGUGUUCUCGCGCGCUUCCAGAGCGUACUGCAUCGGCUUGAGGAACGCGGAGAUGGAUCAGCAAGCGGCUGGCAGCAUCGCGAUCCUCACCCUGGACAGGAUCAAGGUUCUCGCGGAGGAGAUACAGUCGACACAAUUUAACAACGGCGACAGGUUCCAUAAAAAGAUUGCUGAACUCAUGUUCAACAAGAAGGAUUACUUUGCCGAACAUCCCUUAGAUAGAAGUUAUUGAAUCGCUUGUCGAAUUCUCCAACGUCGCCAGUGUAUUUAAAUCGCGCGAGCAACCUUGAAGUCGGGCUAUAAGACACGAAACGUCGUAUCUGUAAAUUAUCUUCUCCUAUGUUUCUACUUCGUAGCGAUCGUCUUCAUCGCGAGUGUUUACAGCGUAAAGUUACGUAGUAUGUAUAAUUUUGGGAACAGGAAAUGCACGCAGUUGCGUUCCACCAAAGUUUCUGUAUUUAUACGUCUCAGUAGCAAUUGUACAGUUGUAUCUUACGUGCUAAAAGUUGAAAAGUAAAAUAAAUGCUCUUAACCG